CUUAAAUAUCCAUGCCAGGGUCGGGCGUCACAGCAGCUGAGGGGCUCCGGAGCCGGACAGCAGGUGAAAAAUGGGGAAGAAAUCUGAUUAUUCCUGUACUACAACACCCAUCAUCAUCAGCCUAAUAAUACUGAGCACAGUCAUCCAGGUGGACAGUUACAGAGUUUCCAGAAGAGACAUCUUUUCCAGUAAGGAAUCCAUUCUUGAUAUGGCUCCUAUGUCAUUUGAUGACCAGUAUAGAGGAUGUAGUGAAGCAAUGGAGGAGGAGAUUUCUCAGCUAUUCCAGUCAGAGUAUGCUGCCAAUAAGGAGUUUGCAGAUGCCUGGGACACGGCUACGUUUAAGUGGAAUCAGGAGCGGAGAAGAUAUUUGGGUUUGCCUAAGGGCUUUAAGGAUGAGUACGCCAUCGCUCUGUUCGCUUACACUAUAAAUGGUCCUCUGCACAAGGUCUUCAAUGGGGCGGUGAGAGAUGCCGGGCAGUCCAAGCAGUAUUACCUGAAGAACUUCAACUUCAAGGUUCUGCACUACUAUCUGACCAAAGCACUGCAGGUUCUGGAUGAGGUGGACACUACGGCUUGCCACAAGGUCUUCAGAGGAAUCAAAGGGAUAAAGUUCAAGUCUGAGUCUCGGAAACCCGUCCGUUUCGGGCAAUUCACUUCUUCUUCUAAGAACGACCAGAAUGCUUUGCAGUUUGGAGAAGACACUUUUUUCAGCAUCCAGACCUGCUACGGUGUCAACAUCAAGAACUUCUCCUUCUUCCCGGGUGAGGAAGAGGUGCUUAUUCCUCCCUACGAGAAGUUCAAGGUGACUAAUUUCACCCGAGACAGAGACAGGAACGUGAUUUCUCUGCAGUCUCUGGAGAAGUCCAGUGUUUACAACUGCGAGCUGGUGAAAAGCAGAAGGUGUAAGUCUACCUGGUGUCCUUUUAAUUCAGCUUUGAGUAUUUGGAAAACGAAGGCGUCGCAGAAAAUAAUCCUGAUCAUUGGAGCGCUCCUUCUAACCCUGGGACAAGUCUUCUACCCGUGAGUACCCAGGGGGCUGAGCCGCGACUCCUGAGACUCCACCAUGUCUUCUCAGAACCUGGAGGGUCUUCUUCAUGCUGGAGAGACACAGUUAUCAGCGGGCGCCGCUCAUCUUCUGCCUGUGAUGUCAUGGCUGUCUCCUGUCUGGAUGCAUGCGCAGUGCGGUACACACAGUACACAUAUAGGGCACAGGCUGACGGCUGCUUCUACUGUAUUAUU